CUCAUAUGGAAAUUUAAACUGAGCCUUAAACAUUUGAGAGGGCAAAACUAGAAUUGUUCCAGAAAGAAUGCUCACCCAACGCCCUUCAUUCCGCUACCUGGCCACCGGCGCCGUGGUGUCUCUGUUUAUCCUUGCAUUCCUCGUCCUCGGCACCGGUGCACCCUCGCUCUCAUCACAAUUUAAUAUAAAGACACAAUCACGACAGCAAUAUUGUGUCCCGCCUGUGAAUUCUUCUGCGAGUUGGGAGUUUGUUGUUGAGCGCGAUGGAAACAACCACGGUCUCUCCGAGGACCAAUGCCGCAUUGCUUUUCCGAAGUUAUUUGUUGAGAUUGACAAGUCCUCUACACUGAGAGCAAAUAAGCUUGUUUCCUAUAAAGAGCUUGAUUCUAGGACAGUGGAUGAUGGAAUGGUGCGGGGAAUUAUUGAUCGAGGAGAGCUGUAUAUCGUCGACUACGCCCCCAUGCCCGUCACAGCAUCCCGAGCACACCGCCACCUCCUCCCUAGUAUCGAGUUCAUCUUCACCACAGAAGACUUCGCAGAAGCCACAACAGCCCCAAGCCCCAUCUGGGCCUACUCGAAACGCGACUCAGACACCUCAGUCUGGCUAAUGCCCGACUUCGGCUACUGGGCCUGGCCAGAGGUGCAGAUCGGGCCGUACCACGAAGUGCGUCGCCGCAUUGCCGCAAUUGACGACGGCGAAAUUGCCGCAGAUGGUACACAUGUGCCGGGCCUGCAGUUCAAGGAGAAGAAAAAGCAGCUCGUGUGGCGCGGCAGUCUGGCGACCAAUCCGCCCGUUCGGAGCAAGCUCCUCAAGUCUGCGUUGGGUCGUAGCUGGGCCAGUGUGCGUGUCAUUGACUGGGAUGAUCAUGAUGAUAUCCGCUUCAAUCUCCUGCCUAUUGAAGAUCAUUGUCGGUACAUGUUCCUCGCGCACACCGAGGGUAGGAGCUUCUCUGGUCGUGGGAAAUAUCUUCUGAAUUGUCGUUCUGUUUUUAUAUCGCAUGCUCUUGAAUGGCGUGAGGCUCAUCAUGCGGCACUGGUAUCAACUGGCCCCGAUGCGAACUAUAUUGAGGUUGAUCGGGAUUGGUCCGAUCUGUCGCGCAAGAUUGAUUAUCUGAUUGAUAACCCGGAGAUUGCGGAGCGUAUUGCUAAUAAUGCCGUGCGCACUUUCCGGGAUCGGUACCUUACUCCUGCUGCGGAGUCGUGCUAUUGGCGUCAGUUGAUUCGGCAGUACUCUGCAGCUUGUGAUUUCGAGCCGGUCUUGUUUUCGACUGGCCGGGAUGGGAAAACUCAGCCUCGGGGUGUUUCAUAUGAUACUUGGCUACUUACGCGUUGA